AUGGCUGACGAGCUGAUGAUCGGUGGUACUCCCUGGUGGCGGAAUGUCAACAUGGCUAAGAUCGAAGAAGCACAACGCCUAUCACAGUCACAAAAAUCAGUAGUCAUGCCUGAUCCUCCCCCAGUCUCCUCAGUAGGCACUCCUAUCGCACUCAUACUAUCGCCUGCCGCACCCACAUCUCGACCCACCUCAGCAGCAACUGCUCCAGUUGCACCUCUUUCGUUCGUCCCACAGCGCAGAACAGAAAUGCCUGCGGACGAUACAAUGGAAGGUGGUGAGCGUCUGGAGAUCGAUAUGAGCAACCCGGCUCUGCCAGCCUGGUACAAGGACAUUGGACUCGACAAGGUCAAGAAAGCCCCGAGAAUUCCUCCCGGCAUCGAAGAGCAUCUGAACAAGAUCACCUCUGGCAUCAAGAAAUGUAACGAAGCAGCAGCAAAGAACAUGCCUCCUUCUGCUACCGAACUCAAGAAGAUCAAUGACGGAAUCCACAACGCCUUCUUCCUCGAUCUCAGCGCAUUGGCUAUCCGCCAGAAAGGUCUUCUGCACAACGACAGAGGACUUCCCCAGGUCUUCAACUCUGACAAGAUCGACUACCCAUGGUAUAUUAAGGAAGAUGCUGCCGAACUAUACACAAAGUGGUGGCAGAAGGAUACGAAUCCAGACCUCUUUCGUGGAAUCAAGCUAGGACGCACCAAGAACGCAAAGAUUGGUCGCGAGAGUGCCGCUGACAAGUUGGACCCAAAGUAUCCCAGAAAGAAGGGCGACUUUCACGGCGACGGACAUCUUCGUAACGGCCAAUGGUGGCCAACCCAACUCUGCGCUGUUCGAGAUGGUGCUCACAGUGCCACUGUCGGCGGCAUCUGUGGCAGGACCGGAGGAGGUGCAUUCUCGUGUGUCAUGUCCGGCGGUAGCUACCCCAACAUCGACAAGGGAACGGAAGUAUGGUAUUAUGGCACUGAAUCCGACGAUCCUUCGCGUCCCUCAGACUCGACACAACACAUGAUUGAGAGUUGCAGACUCCAGACGCCUGUCCGUGUUCUUCGUGCGUUCAAGAUGACCACCGAGGGCCCCAACGACUACCGCCCCAAGGAAGGAAUGAGAUACGAUGGUCUGUACAAGGUCGCCAAUUACGAGGUCAAGAAUGUGGCCAAGCAGGUUCAUCUUUUCCAUCUCGUCCGCGAACCCGACCAAGGCCCCAUCAGAAAUUCUGGCCCUGGAAUACGUCCUACCCCCGAAGAGUUGGAGGCUUUGGCAAAGGCCAAGAUCGAGAAGAAGUUUCUGGCUUGA